CACAGGAGCCGUGGCGUUCAAACCCAAAUAUUCUCUCUAGAGAGUCGCGAUCCUCUCCACACACGACUCUAGUCAUACAGUCUGUGCUGAUUUUACUAAUCAAGAACUGUUGUUAGAAAAUUGUGGGGAGAUAAUACCUGGGAUAUCAAGACAGUGUUGGUGCGCGACGGAGAGUUUAAACCCAUCACAGGUGUGAGCGUCUCUACCCACCUGUGGCCAGUCGGUCUUGAAGCUUCAAAGCAGAAGGACGUCAACGUAUGCUCUAUUGCUUGGCAUGAAUGGAAAGCUACCUGUAGGCUCCGGAACUCAAUAAAAUACCCCUUAACUCAGGUAGAUUAAUCCAGCUAACCAGUGCAGAGAAUAUACCGUGUGAGAAACACUACAAACAUGGCAGAAGAGACUGAGAGAAGAGACCAAGAGACCAUGGUAGAGGCACAAGACGGCAUGUCCCCCGCCUGUAAGUCGCGCCUCAUGAGUUGGCGUGUGGUGGGGGCAGUGCUCGCCUUCCUCGUGGUGCUAGGCUGGAUAUUCAUCAUCGUGGUGCUCAUCCUGGAGGAGAAGUGGCAAUUGGUUUUGGUGGCGUGGUUGCUCCUCUACUCGGCUGCACACUUCUGCUACUGGUACUGCAAGCGCCAUAGCCUCAUUACGCUUCACAGACAGAUCCGUCUCCGCGUGUUGACGCACAUGCGGCCGGGCGAUUCUGGGGCUAAGGUCGAGGAUCAUCCACCUACUUACGACGAUGUGAUGAAGACUGAGGUUCCUCCUCCAUCCUACUUCACUGUCAUCAGCGAGACAAUCAAGCCCGCUGCUACAUCCUCGUCUGUGGGGGCGUCCUCGUACACAUCCCCAGACACCCCUCCGUCCUACGUGACCUCCGUUAGCGGACAGCUACAGCAGUGCGGCGGCGCAGAGGCCAUAGAGUAUCUGCAGUGUCCCCCAGAGUACCAAAGCCCCAGGCACCUCCGUAAGAUCUCACCCAGAAUCUUGCCAACCCUUCACGAAAACAGAGUGCCCACAGAUACGGCCGUUACUGCUACUGCCGCAGCUACUGCCGCCGCCACUGCUGCUGCCGCUCUAGCUACGGUCGUUCAUCUUGGAGGGGUGGAGGAUUCGGAAUCGAUGGAGGAUCCCAUCAGAGGUCCCAUCGUGAGACACCUCAGGUCGACGACGAUAGCCACGCUGGAUGUGUCCUCGUCUGAGGAGGUCUCGGCCGAGCCCUCCAUCUCCUCUACAGUAACAAGAGAUGUCUUAAACCAAAAUUGCGAAAUUGAUCUUCAAGCACCAUCUUCCGUGCCAAGUUUUCCAUAAUUAUCUGUAAACAAAAUAUCUUAUCGAAUUUAAUAUAUUGCGGGUGAUAAACAAUGUACAAAUCUCACGAAUGUUGCGACCAUGUACAAAUGGGCCCUACUCAUUAUCGUAUAGUCAGACGCUCAAUGGCAAUCUUGUUACCAUAUAACCUUAAGAUUAUAUUAUUAAUAUAUGUGCCUAUGCUAUUUCACUUUUUCGCCUUUAAAAGUGAAAAGUCAAGCAAAUAUUCCUAUAUGUGAUAUGUAUGUUAAAAUAUAUAUUAUCUAUUUUAGCUUAUUACAAUAUUUGUUACAUUACAAAAAAUAUUAUGUAAA